CAAGAAGUAAUGGUAAAGGAAGAAGAGAGGCGCUCAUGAGCAAGCUGCUAGCCGCAUUAGCAUUAGCCUAUGUUGUAGCCUUUCCAUAAUGGCGCCUCUGGACCUAGAUAAGUAUGUCGAAAUAGCAAGACACUGCAAAUACCUACCAGAAAAUGAUCUCAAGAGAUUAUGUGAUUAUGUAUGUGAUCUACUUUUGGAAGAAUCCAAUGUACAGCCAGUUUCUACACCGGUUACAGUGUGCGGAGACAUCCAUGGACAGUUUUAUGACCUGUGUGAGCUCUUCAGAACCGGGGGGCAGGUUCCAGAUACAAACUACAUUUUUAUGGGGGAUUUUGUAGACAGAGGAUAUUACAGUUUGGAGACAUUUACACAUCUUCUUGCUUUAAAAGCAAAGUGGCCUGAUCGCAUCACUUUACUUCGAGGAAAUCAUGAAAGCAGACAAAUAACACAAGUGUAUGGGUUUUAUGAUGAAUGCCAAACAAAAUAUGGCAAUGCCAAUGCCUGGCGAUAUUGUACCAAAGUUUUUGACAUGCUAACUGUUGCAGCUUUGAUAGAUGAGCAGGUCCUGUGUGUUCAUGGUGGGCUUUCACCUGACAUUAAAACUUUGGACCAGAUUCGUACAAUAGAACGCAACCAAGAGAUUCCACACAAGGGUGCCUUCUGUGAUCUUGUGUGGUCAGAUCCUGAAGAUGUUGACACCUGGGCUAUCAGUCCACGAGGUGCAGGGUGGCUAUUUGGCUCCAAAGUCACAAAUGAGUUUGUGCAUAUCAACAACUUAAAGCUCAUCUGCCGGGCACAUCAGCUGGUUCAUGAAGGGUACAAGUUCAUGUUCGAUGAAAAAUUGGUAACGGUGUGGUCAGCACCAAACUACUGCUACCGCUGUGGAAACAUUGCUUCGAUUAUGGUUUUUAAAGACGUAAAUAGACGAGAGCCGAAGCUGUUUCGGGCUGUCCCUGACUCUGAAAGGGUUAUACCGCCUCGAACCACUACACCUUACUUCCUUUAAUUAACACAUCCUCUGUUGUCCUGAAAUUUUAUUUAUAUGCAACAGAUUUUACUAAAUAUAACUGUUUUCAGGUUAAAGUAUCUUGAUGGCUGUUUUUGCUCCUUCAAUUCAUUUUAAUUCAAAUAUGUCUAAUUAUGUCACACGUUGUGUCGUAAAGAUGCAUUUUAACAUUUUGAUCCAAAUUAUAAUAAAAUCUUUAUAUAUUUCUAGCUUAGCGUGGUGUAUAUUGAACACAGUUUUGUUGCUGACCACAAUUUAGGGAGAAAAUUCUCCGGGUAUCUGUAUCUGCCUUUUCUGGAGGUCUCAUUUACAUUGAGAAGAUUUUAAAUGAAUGGUAAGCUAAAAAGUACUGGAAAUGAUGUGCAUUUCAUUUAUUUCUGCUUCUAUUGUCACUUGGCUUAAUGCAGAGGUUCAGAAAUGUGCAUUUAGAAAAGUAUUCUAAACAUGGUAACAGAAAUUGUUGCAGCUCAGUGUGCCUAAUUUUAAUGCAAUACCCUUACACUGAACUGUGCCGGUAAAUGCCUGCAUACCUCAUUUCAUUUGUUAUGUGUAUUGCGGAUAAUGUUUUUUUUUUCUGUUUUGUAAGCUUAAUAAACACAUUCAUGGUGAAA